AUGGGAAUAGAGCAAGAGGUGUCCACUGGGACCCUACCGCAAGGAGCCUGUUCCCAACAGGGUUUAGCUGGGAGAUAUCACAGCUUGCCACAGCCCCUCCACCGCUCAGAGCCUGAGAGGCAGCUUCUGCGCAACGCGAUGUGUCUUUUGCAAUUUGCUUUGGCUUGUCUGCACCAUAAUUUAUCAGCUGCCCUCUGCUUCCAUGCCCAAGUGAUUGCCUUUAAUGCCUGCUUGGCCCAAAUGUUUUUCAUCCACCUCUUUGCUCGGACAGGGUCUGGCAUCCUUCUGGCUAUGACCUUCGAUCGCUAUGUGGCCAUCUGCAACCCACUGCGCUAUGCCUCCGUGCUCACUAACGCCCGCGUCGUGGUGAUGGGCCUGAGUGCUGUCCUCCGACGCUUUGCUCUCACCCUGGUCUUACCACUGCUGCUCAGACUGCCCUUCUGUCACCCCCAGAACAUUCUCUCCCACGCCUACUGUCUUCAUGCAGUUAUGAUUAGGCUGGUAUGCUCUGAUGUCUCCCUUAAUAGCCACUAUGGGUCGUCCGUUGUGCUAUUCACCUUCGGCCUGGACUCUGCACUCAGUUUCAUCUUCUAUGUGUUCAUCUUUCAAUCAGUGCUAGCCAUCGCCUCCCGAGGGGAGUGCCUCAAGACACUCAAUACGUGUGUGUCCCAUAUCCUAGCUGUGCUCAUCUUCCAAGUGCCUAUGGUGAGUGUGUCCCUUGUGCAUCGCUUUGGAGCUGGCCUGCCCCAUGCUGUCCAUAUCCUCAUGUCUAUAAUCUACCUCUUUGUGCCUCCCAUGCUCAACCCUAUUAUCUAUUCCAUUAAGACAAAGGAGAUCUGCCGCAGUGUGGGGAGCCAACUCAUGACCUGA